ACUCCUCUCACUCGCCCCAAAGAAAGCGGGAUUGCCUACAUAAACAAAACCUCUGAAACGAAAAAGCAUUUGGAAUCAUGAAGCUCAGUGGCAAGCUUAAUUAGAGGGCAUAAUGGGGGACCAGGAAGCCCACGAAGGCGCGCCGACGGGCUGCUGCAUCAGGAGGUGCAGGAACUCGACGCUGUUGGCAGACGCGGUGUCCUUCCCCUUCCCUGAUGAGGCCGAGAGAAAAGGUUUGUGGAUGAAGCUUUUGAGAGAACACAUGAUUUCAAGCAACACCCAAGUGGAACCAAGGAUCUGUUCUGACCAUUUUCGCUCAAGUGACAUAGUGAGGACGACCCCCAAGCCAGAACUGUCGGCCGAGGCAAUGCCACGUGUCCAGGGCAGUGACAGAACAGAAGAUGGAGUGGGUGGAAGUGGCCAGCUUGACAAGGCCUUUGCUGAGGAGCCUGAGGAAGUGAGGUCAGGAAGAACACCAAGAGUGAAAGUUGAAGCUUUAGAUUGUCUCCGACCUCAGGGCGAACUGCAACCACUCCAUCUUGAGUCUGGUGGGUUUUGUUCUAAGGGAAAAUAUGUAGACUCAUUUUUGAUAGGUCUGUGAGUUGAGGAUAUAUUU